AUGGCCAAUCCAUCACCUACACCCCGGACCGUCACGUGGCACGAUAUUCCCGAGUGGCGGCAAGACAACAAGUACAUCCUCGCCGGCUAUCGCCCGUUGGAAGCAGACUAUCUACAAGUCAUCAAAAGUCUCACUUUCUUGCACAAUGAGACCUGCAACGUGUACACCCAUUUGAUCGGCGCUGUGCUGCUGCCACUCUUUGCGACCGCCAUUCUCCGAACCAUCUAUGGGCCACAGUACAUUGACGUCACAAGAACCGAUUUUAUCAUGUUCAGUGUCUUCUUCGGUUCCGCCGAGAGCUGCCUGAUUUUCAGCGCUGUGUACCAUCUCAUCGGAAGUCACUCACACGAGGUGGAACAAUUCUGGCACCGGAUGGAUUUGCUAGGGAUCGUCAUCGUCACCGUUGGCACUUUCAUCCCUGGGAUCUACUAUAUAUUCAACUGUGAACCAAUUCUGCAGAAGAUUCAUUGGACUAUUGUUGUAUUUUGCGGAUUUGCCACAGCGGCUCUCAUCUCCAUACCCAAGUUCAGAACGUUGCGGUGGCGUAAGGUGAGGGUUGGCGCCUACGUAGCGCUCGGUGCGUCCGCCUUUAUCCCCUUGCUGCACGGCGUACAGAUCUAUGGGCUAGAAUAUAUGCUCGAGUAUUCGGGCAUGAAAUGGUACCUUGUCGAGCUCCUUCUGUACGGAGGGGGCUGCGGCCUUUAUGCAUUCCGAAUCCCUGAGCGCUUUGCACCAGGCCAUUUCGACAUCUGGUUCAGCUCACAUCAGAUCUUCCAUGUGUCGAUUUUAUGCGCCAUGUACGUGCAUACGAUUGCGCUGACGCAGGCUUUCACAGCUUGCCGUACGUUGGACAUAUGCCACAUUCAGUCUGUUCAUCAAGCUAGGAGCACGAAAUUGUAA